GCCAAGACAAAUGGUGGUGUCACAGAAAAGAAAGGCCAUAGUCGUACAAGUCCUGUUACGCAUUCUGAGCCUGUGAAUGGUGUCCCAAAAAUGGUUGAUGAUUUCAUCAACAAACCCCAGAGUGUUCAAAAUGUUACUUCAGCUUGGGUCUCUGACUACAAGCAACGCUCUCCAACAAAGGUUGAACCAAUUGCAACUGAUGGUGGCGUCACCACACCACCUAAUACUCCAAAAAUCAAUGAGUUCUUCAACAAACCUAGGUUGGGACCUUUGGAUGCUACAUAUUGGCGCCAAACGGCUCAAGUAACUCCUGCAUAUGGUUAUGGUGGUGACUUGGCCAACAAGGCAGGACAACCUAGAAAUGAACCAUUUAUGAUCUCUAGUGGGGAAUGGUCUGGGCCAAGAAGUCAGGUAACAUGGGCAUCACCACCAGAGGCCUCUUCCACCAAUCCAACAAAUGGUAUCAACACAGCCAUAGAGUACCCAAUGAAAAUUGAAAAACCUUCCUCACCAGUGAUUAAUACUCCUCCUGCAGGUUCACAAGUUGCGAGGCCGGUCUCGGCAGGAUGGAGAACAGAUGGCUAUGCCUCAACCAUUGAUGGCAGAGAGGCUGCAAGGAGAUAUGCCAACUUCGACUUCUCAUGUAGGUACCCAAAAAAUGAAGCUUACAAAGCCACCAUUGAUAGCAGGGAGGCUGCAAGGAAAUAUGGCGGCCUCUUCCCUUCGUACCCAAAAAAUGAAGAUUGCAGUGCCAACUUCAACUUCCCACCUAGGUACCCAAAAAAUGAAGCUUACAAAGCCACCAUUGAUAGCAGGGAGGCUGCAAGGAAAUAUGGCGGCACAACUGUGUGAAAGUAAGAAAUUAACAUAUGGCGAGAACUUUAAUUAGUGAUGGGUUAUGUUAUAUUAAGUUAAGAACUAAAGUGUUUCAUAAGAUGGUUAAGUUAUACUUAUAUUUUUUGCCUUAGGUGAUGAAUCAACUGGUUAAGAGUAU